GAGGAUGUCACAGCGGCCAGGGCUGCCACGAGGCACACCCACACAAUGGGAGAGCGUAAGAGCCUGUCUUCGGAGAUAGAGGCGCAUUACAAGAUGACAGUGGCACGUCGAGCGCAGACGGCCGAGCUCUUCACUGCAGCCCUACAAGCAGUGGAAGCGGUGCAGGACUUCAUUCGCUGCUAUCGCAGGAUUUGGGGCGCAGAGGCAAAGGUUCCAAGCGACCAAUGGCUCCGGCUCCUCGAGAGCGAAGACGUGCCAGGGCUUAACAGCCUCGACCCCGAGGUGUGGAGUUCGGAAUCUGGCAGCUACCUG